CGACGCUCGGGGAAGGUGGCGGCGCCCGCGGAAUCCAGCCCGGGAACCCGCUCCGGGGAAAUGACCUUUGGCUCUAAAAAGAAGGCUCCAUUUUUCAUGAUAAAAUGGCAGCGGUGAAAACCCCCAGCAGAGAAGUAAAGAAUGCUGAAGAACCAUUUCAUGAUGUAUCGCCCCUCCUUUUAAGGAGCCUAGUGGAGGAACCCAAGAAACCAAAAGAAGUACCUAAUCACCUCCUGGAAUCAAAGGUUUAUGCAAAUCUUCUGAAUAAUAAGGUCAUACAGGCAAAACCUGGCAUAUUGCAUUUUGGAGGCUAUCAAGUAGAAAAACACCACCAGCAGAUACUGCAUGUGGUCAAUAUUUGCAAUGAAGAUUUACGCGUUCAUAUUUUACCCCCCCAAACCAAACACUUUCAGAUCAAGUAUGUGAAGAAGGAGCACCACCUUGUCCCUGGCUUGUCCCUCACGGUCACCGUUACAUUUACUCCAGAUGAGUGGCGAUACUACUAUGACAGCAUCUGCAUUCACUGUCAGGGAGGUGAGACUUUGCUUGUCCCCAUCCAUGCCUAUCCUGUCAUGAAUAGACUGGACUUUCCCUCAUUUAUAAACCUAUCAAAUGUUCUACUUGGUGAAAGCAAAAGCUAUGUGAUUCCUUUGCAAUGCAGUUGCCCUGUAGAUUUUGAGUUUCAUGUUGCUUUGGUUCGGUCUCAUCAAGCCUUUACUGUUGAGCCAACAUCAGGAAUAAUACCAGCGAACGGGAAGAUGGAUGUGACAGUGACGUUUACCCCCUUUCAGUGUGGGAUCGCACAGAUAAAAGUGCAGCUGUGGAUUUCACAGUUCAACUCUCAGCCAUACGAGUGUGUCUUCACCGGCACGUGCUACCCCAACAUGGCUUUAAAGAAAGUAGUUGUACCUCCAGAAAAGGCAAGGACACAUGUACAUUUUCACCGACUGCCAGCAAAGGCAAAGCCUCCCAAGAUUAAGGAAAUCGAAUAUCAGAACUUGAGAUUUCCAGUAGACUUAUCGAAUCCAUUUGCUGUGGCAACUGUUCUCAACCAAGAACCAGGAAAAUUGAAGAUUAAAGAAUUAAGAGAAGUUUUGGACCAAGGCACUGAGGUUUCAAAAACAAGACAGAUGAAGGAAGCACUCUUUGAACAGAAAGUCAGACAGGACACUAACGAAGAGCUCAAAAAUCACCUUAAGUGGCAGGUACACCUCGGUAAAGAUCACAUGUCCUUUAAAUUUAAAAAAGACCUUACUGAGGAGCGGCAGAGAGUAAACAACAAAUACAAGCUAGAUAGAGGAGAUCCUGUUUUGGAUGACGAAUUCCAGCGACUCAAGACAGAAGUUCACCCCAAACGGGUUGUACGCGACCUGGAAGAAAAAACCAGGGAAUUUCAUCCUAAUUUUGAUCCGCUCAUAAAUAACACUUGGGUCAACAGGUUCUGGGUGCAGAGACGAUUUCAGCAAGCAGCACGCAAGGUCAUGAUUCAUCGCCGCUUGCUGAGCACGCUGAGUGCGAUCCGUAACAUGCACAGAGACGCCGUCGUGAAAGGGUCCACGCACGGAAGACAGUCCAUGGCACGAGACAAGAAUUCCUCCAGACACCUUCGGGCGCGGGUCAGUCAGGACGAUUACCGCAGCUGCUUCUCUGUGUCACCGCAGCAAGUGCUGCCCUUCGCCUUCCCGGCCUCCAGCGCCCCCCAGGGCUCCAGCGAGCUGGCUCCUGAUGGCCUUGGACCUGUUCCAAUUAAACCUUCAGAAAUUCAAAUCAAGCAGACCUAUUCCUUCUUCAAUCUGCAGGUUCCUCAGCUGUACCAGAUCAAGAGGUACCAGCCGGUCUCUGUGCAGAUGUCCUCCACCAGCUACUGGCCUCAGAAGCUUGCCCGGGCCCUGAAGCCAGGAGCUGAGGACGAAGCCACCGCCGUCACAGCCCUGCCCAAGCAGGACUCGGCGCCCCAGCUCCCCGGCGAGACCUCCGUCCUGAGCAUAAGACUCCCUGAGGCCUUGGCCCGGGCUCCGGAGUACGACCCGCUUUAUAUCUUUAACCCCAGCCCAGGGUUAUUUGCCGUGAAGCACCCGCUGACCUACGCGGAAACCUCGAUCGAUUACCAUCUGUGCACCCACCCCAAGUACAAGUUCACCAAGGAGUCCCACUGCAGCUCCAGCGUCCCCCUCACCCAGAAGCAGUUUCUCCAUCACACGGAUGUCAUUCCUGGAGUGAUGAGCUGGAAGAGGUUCCAGUGCCUGCUCCUCUCGACCCUGCCCGAAACCUCUCAGACGGAGAUGGCGCAGAGCUGUGAUUCCUUCAAUUUAGCCAUGCUUCCUAUAGACGUCCCUGCCGUUCUUGACGCCUUACCAGAAGAAGACAGAAUGGAGACCAUCGAACGGCGCUCAGGGGAGGGGCGAGCGCAGGGGGUGCUGAGUGGGCUUCCAAGGCUGCAGAGUCGCGUGGACUUGGGUUAG